AUGAAGCAUUCAAUUGUUUUCAUCGCGAUUUACUUUUGCACUGGAGAAGCUCAGAUAAGAAUAUUAGGGAGGAACAAAUUAUUGAAUGAAACACGAAGAAUAUUAAGAGGAGAAGAAGUUGAUGACACGAGACCUUAUAUGGUCUACCUCCGACCUGCUGGUACAGUCGCGAAGCAACUUAUAAACUCCAAUUGGUUAUGUGGCGGUGUUAUAAUUAGCGCUCAAUAUGUCCUCACUUCAGCCGCUUGUAUUGAAGAUGUACAGCAUUUUUACGUUAUAUCAGGAACACACAGAUGGAUACCGUUAGACAUGUCAAACGAUUGUAUUAAAUAUGGCGCGAAGAAAGCUGUGUGGAAAUGUGUACCAAAAGAUUACGUUUUCGACGGUAAAGAAUUCGAGAACAUUCGUUGGAUGGUAAAUGACAUAGCUGUUGUUAAAGUUGAAGAGGACUUUAAUUUCAAUAGACGAAUACGUGGUUGUGACUUUAUACCGAAAUUAAUAGCUUUCAAUAACCAAUCUGAAGAACUAGAGGCGGCGGGGACUGUAGCAUCUAUAGCUGGAUGGGGCUCUGUGGAAAGAUUCGGGGAUAAUUUUGGAAGAUCGACCAUGAACUCACCGGAGUUACUAGAAACUGAUGUUGUAUUGAUAUCGAAACAAAAGUGUAAAGCUGGCUGGCCAGAGAGGUACCACUACAUCAUUGAUGGAAACAUGGUGUGUGCGAAGGAUGGGGUUGAUUCUGACGCUAUGAACACCAUGUGUAAGGAACAAGAAAUUAAUUGCAAAGAACUAGUUUACUCCAAGGAAAGCGAUACUGAUGCAAGAAGAUAUGUUUUGAAGCCGGAGAAUUUGAGAGUACACUCAGCUAAACAUAUGGAGACGAGACGAUCUCAAAUAAUAUCUGGUGGAUUCUGUGAGAAUGAUCACGGCGGGCCUCUAGUUGUCGGUCACGGGAAAGGCUCUGUGGUUAUCGGUGUCAUAUCAGCUUGUAUGUCAGCCAACAUAACACAGAAGUGUUACGGACCAUUCCUUUACACCAGUGUCUGGAAAAACAGACACGUUAUCAGCUGCGCUAUUGAUAAGGAUCAAGGGCACAACGAUGAAGACGAUCGUUUUAAUAAUAUCUGUCUCAAAAAUGGCGCAAAGAAGGCUAUUUGGAAAUGUAUUCCAAGAAACUACGUGUUCGAUGGCCAUGAGAACGACAAUAUACGUUGGAUGAACAACGACAUAGCGAUAGUCAAAGUUGAAGACGAGUUUGACUUUAAUCGUCGUGUGAGAGGAUGCGACUUCGUUCCUCGACCGAUAUGUUACAACAAUCAAACUAGUCGCUAUGAAGAACCAGGGAAUGUGGCUUCAAUAGCCGGAUGGGGCAGCACUGAUAAAUACAAUGAUUGGGUUAACAAAGGAGGUUCGUCGACAACGCAAGAUCUAUUAGAGGCAGAUGUUGUUAUUAUAACUAAGAACAAUUGUAAGCGUCAAUGGGGUCCUCGAUACCACAGUAUUAUAGAUAAUUAUAUGAUCUGCUCUAGAGACACCAUACCAGAGCUAAGCGAAGUUUGUAACGAGAAAUAUGUUGAGUGUACAGACAUAAUGUAUUCUAUGGAAGAAUCACGAAGAGUUGAUCCGAGUGAGUUGAGACUUCACUCUGCUUUUCAUAACGAAUCAGGGAGACGACAAGAGGCCGCGAGUGGAGGAUUUUGUGAGAACGACCACGGCGGCCCAUUAGUUUAUGGGCAGGGUUCCAGUGCAAUAGUCAUAGGCAUCAUAUCAGCUUGCCUUGUCAAAGAACGGACCAACAAAUGCUAUGGACCUUACUUGUAUACCAGCGUCUACAAGAACCGCAUGCUCAUAAACUGCGCCAUUUACAAGGAUAUUGCAGGUGACUGCACAAAACUAUUUAGAGCUAGCGACACUCACGUUGAAGAGCACAUAAGUUGGGCUGAUCAUCCUGAUGGCCCAGCCAAAAACGAAAUAUCAAAAAUGAGGCGUACAGAAGAAGAGAAAAUCAAAAAUAAUACGUUAAAGUCUAACAGAACUGAACAUAAUACGCCUUUAGACAAAGUUAUUAAACAUGGCGGUGUCGUAUUAAGAGCGUUUGAAGAGAGUGAAGAAUUCGAUAAAAGAUUGGAAAAUACUAAUACAACCAGACGAUAA